UCGAGUCUGGGAGGUGCGACGAAAGGUUUUGCCAAACAUUUAUAUAUUUCCAUUCUCCUGUUACGUAACAGACAUGGCUUUGGUGUGCGUGGAGGACUUUGAAACGAAGGCAGCUGGCCAGCUGGAGAAGAAUGCUCUGGAUUACUACCGCAGCGGUGCCGGUGAGCAGUUUACUCUGGGGCAGAAUCGUGAGGCUUUUCGCCGGCUGCGUUUACGUCCUCGCUGCCUGAGAGAUGUCUCUCGCUUGGACAUUGGCUGCACGAUCUUCGGUGAAAAGAUGAAAUGGCCACUGGGCAUUGCUCCCACUGCGAUGCAGAAGAUGGCCCAUCCGGAUGGUGAAACUGGCAAUGCUAGGGCGGCAGGACAAGCUGGUUCCAUCUUUAUUCUCAGCACGUUAUCCACAACUUCGAUCGAAGACUUGGCAGCCGGAGCUCCGGACACGAUUAAGUGGUUUCAGCUAUACAUCUACAAGGAUCGUACCAUAACAGAAAAACUGGUGCGCCGUGCCGAGAAAGCGAGCUUCAAAGCCCUCGUCUUGACUAUCGAUGCCCCCAUCUUUGGACAUCGACGUGCCGAUGUGCGCAACAACUUCAGCCUGCCAUCGCACCUAACACUGGCCAAUUUCCAGGGCGUGAAGGCCACUGGAGUGGGCAAUGCCACCAUGGGCGCCUCUGGCAUCAAUGAGUACGUUUCCAGCCAAUUUGAUCCCACCAUCACUUGGAAAGACAUCUCUUGGCUUAAGAGUAUCACCCAUUUGCCUAUUGUGGUGAAGGGAGUUCUCACUGCCGAGGAUGCUGUGUUGGCCAGGGAGUUUGGAUGCGCUGGACUUAUCGUUUCCAAUCACGGAGCUCGUCAGAUUGAUACAGUUCCUGCCUCGAUUGAGGCUUUGCCGGAGAUUGUUAAAGCCGUUGGUGAAGAUCUAGUGGUUAUGCUUGACGGAGGCAUUAUGCAGGGCAAUGAUAUUUUCAAGGCUCUGGCUCUUGGAGCAAAGACUGUAUUUGUGGGUCGUCCGGCUGUUUGGGGACUAGCCUAUAACGGCCAGAAGGGUGUGGAAGAGAUGCUAAGUGUGCUGAAAAAAGAUUUUGAGAUCACCAUGGCCCUGAUCGGAUGCCAAAGCCUAAAGGACAUCACAUCAUCGAUGGUGGUCCAUGAGAAGCAAUACUCCAAGCUAUAAGCCCGGAACCCUUUAGGAUAUAUUAAACAUUUUAAUCUUUCUAUAAGCCUAUUAAAAACGUCAAUAAAGAUAAACUAAAAAAA